AUGGCCAAACUCUUGCCUUACAGUGGAGACUACUACCUCUGGAAAUACGUGCCUUCCAUCGCAGGAGCCGUCAUCUUUAUCCUCCUCUUCAUCUGCACGACUGCUCUCAACGGCUACAAAACAUGGAAGAACAAAACUUGGUUCUGCAUCCCCCUUGUCAUUGGCUGUUUCAUGGAGUUCGUAGGCUACGCCGCCCGAGCGAGCGCCGCCGGUAGAACCGACUCCUUGAUGACAUUUUCCAUCCAGUCAUCUUGGAUCCUCAUCGCACCCACCCUAUUCGCCGCAUCCAUCUACAUGUGUUUCGGCCGCUUGGUCCGCCACCUCCACGCGGAAUCCUACUCCAUAAUUCCUGCAAAAUGGUUGACAAAGACGUUUGUGCUGGGUGAUGUGCUGUCCUUUCUCAUCCAGGGUGGUGCCGCGGGUAUGCUGAUUAUCCAAAACCUGGCCACGGUUGGAAAGGCGAUGGUGAUUUUGGGGUUGGUUAUUCAGGUUUUGUCGUUUGGAUUGUUUAUGGUUACGGCGGUGAUCUUUCACCGUAGACUUGUUGCUAAUAUGGCGAGGAGGGUGGAGAGAGAUGUUGAUUGGUUGGGGGUUAUGAGGAUGUUGUAUGCGGUUAGUGGGUUGAUUAUGAUUCGCUCCAUCUUCCGGCUGGUCGAGUAUGGUGAGGGUGUGGAUGGGUAUAUCAUGUCGCAUGAGUGGACGGCGUAUCUGUUUGAUGCGGUGCCCAUGAUUGCGGUGACUGGGAUCUACUUCUUCAAAUUCCCGGCUCAGCUGCGUGUGGGAGUUGAGACUGCAGGGGAAUAUGACGGUGAGGGAUUGACUGUUAUCUCGGUACCAGGGAAGUAA